UUCAAUCUAUUAAAUGUUUAAAAGGAUCAAACCAUAAUCAAAUUCUACAGUGUGAUAAGUUUAGAUCGCCGUAGAUAAGAGAUAUGAAUUCAUCAAAGGCUUUUGUGCUGCUGCUCAUUGUUUUAAAUGUCGUGCCAGGACUUUGUCAACAGUGGACAGAAGUUAGUAUAGGUUUGAGAAGAACUAUCGGAUCUGCUAUAGAAGCAUCUGCUUUUCUUGGAGGAACAUAUACAGGAAUGUUGAAAGCUUUUGCACAAGUUCAACCUCCAGACGUCUCAUUUGCUCGUUAUUAUGUUUACUUUUUUGUCAGUUUUCCGGAUGGAGAGAUAAGAAUGUGUAAAGGUAUUGUUUUGUGGAGAUUCGAACCUACGUUUGUAAGGACAACUGAACGGGCAAGGUGUGGUUUAUAGAAAACAAAUCAAUAGUUCACAGACAAAGGACUAAUAGUUACCCGGGACAGUCCCCUUGAUCGAGAUAUACUUUACUAUGUUCAAUCAGGACACUCGGUAUUUCUAUAAAAAAAAACAAAAAAAAAAACCGAUUACAAAUGAUUUACAUCAAUGUACUCGUGCGAAGAGGAACUUUCAAUAUUUUUAUCAUUGACAAUAUUCCUUUGUUAAUAAAGGCAAACAAAAAAAAACAACUAAACUUUGUGGUUUGCUGCAUCCAUCAAUCAUCAAUUGCGUUUGUGCAUAAAAUUAAAGUUUUGCCUAAAAGCUGCAAUUAUAUAAUCCGUUUUUAAAUUCUCGUUGCAAUGAACAUUUUGCUUGAGGCAACAUAUCAACAUAAGGACUUGUUUUUAUAUUAAGUGAUAGUACAUUAUAUGUUUAUUUCAAUGCACUGCACUGACAAUGGACCGAAAAGUACCUUUAGGGCUUUUAUGGCUUUUUUGUGAAGUACAAUCAAAUAUAAUUUAUUUAAAAAUAAAAAUAAACAGACAAAUAUAUAACAAGUAAA